CUAAUGUUAGAUUUCCACUCGUAUUUUGAGGCCCACCAUAUUUACUAAAGCCCAUGUUUGAGCUAGCCCUUUUAAAACAUGUGGAAUAUCACACGCGCAACCUGAGCGAGUACGUAAAACGCGCUCGACGACUCUCAUAGCAGCGAAGUGAAGUGAAAUCCCUAAAUUUCUCACCUGAGUCUGUUCUAUGCAAGUCGGAGAAGAAGAAGCUGAAGACAUCGGGAGGUUGGUUGCUUAACGGCGAUUCUUAGCUCUGCCAAUGUAUUCCCCGAAGAGGAAGACGGUGACGAUGAAGCAACCAUCGCUUAAGAAAAAGAAGCUAUCCGAUUCACCGCCGACGCCGAUUCCGUCACUUCCUGACGAUUUGCUAAUAAGUAUCUUCGCACGCGUCGCGAGAUUAUAUUACUCGAAUCUUUCUCUCGUCUCCAAGAGCUUUAGAUCUCUCAUUGCUUCACCUGAGCUCUACGAGACUCGGUCACUCUUAGGCCGGACCGAGAGUUGUCUGUAUCUGUGUUUACAGGAGGGAAAUCCUGAUCCUAACCCUCUCUGGUUCACUCACUGCCUCAAACCUGACCGAACCCUAACUAAACGCACCAGGAAGACGAAGAAGUCAAGGGGCAACAUUUUGAUCCCAAUCCCAGUUCCAAAUCCUCCUCUUGCCCACUGGUCAGGUCACGCUUCCGUUGGUUCUAAUAUCUACUUCUUUGGCGGAUACAUUAAAAAUAAUGUACCUUCAUCUAAAGUCUUGGUCCUUGACUGCCGGUCUCACACGUUGCGUGAAGCUCCAAGCAUGCAGGUGGAAAGGUUGGACCCUUCUGCUACCGUCAUUGAUGGAAAGAUCUAUGUAGCUGGAGGCAACCAAGACGAGGAUACAGAGUCCUUGUACCCGAUCGUGAUAUUCGACUCAAAGACCCAAAUUUGGGAUCAUAUGCCCAUUCCUUAUUGGGAGCAAAACUGGGGUUGUCUAUCAAGAAGCGCAUAUAUUGAAGGAAAGUUCUACCUGAUGAUUGGGAGUAAGGUUAUGGCUUAUGAUCGAGAGGUAGGUAGAUGGGACUUUGUCGGAUAUCAGAUGGGUCGGUGUUGGUUAUGGUCUUGUAAUUGUGUUAUAGAGAAUGUUUUGUACUGUUACGGUGGUGCUUUCCGAUGGUAUGACACUGAUCUGCGUUUGUGGAAAAAUAUUAAAGGUCUGAAAGGACUACCUAAGUUUGGCAAGAAUGUCUAUGUGAAGUUGGUGGAUUAUGGUGGAAAGAUGGCUGCUUUUUGGGACAAUCGUGUGCCUCCUACUUCCAGUGAAGAUAAGUACAAGACGAUUUGGUGCGCGGUGAUUGCCCUUGAAAGGCCCAACAGUGAAGAGAUUUGGGGGAUGGUCGAGUGGUAUGAGGCAGUGCUUACAGUCCCCGUGUCAUAUGAAUUCGAGCAUGCUCUUGCUGUUACCGUUUGAUGAAUGACAUACAGGACAGGCUUGGAUGUGGUGAAACAUUUUGUGGGUAUUGUAUCAUUUUGUUGGAUGAUUGUGUAUUGUCUUUAUGCUGUUGACAUUGUUUCACUUGUAAACCUUUGAUGAUGGUUAGCUUAUUUCUCUACUGCUAAAGACCUUAUGAAACACUGUUUUGGUUGAAAAGAAAGUUUACUUUUUUCA